AUGUUUAAUGAAGUUGAUAAUGAUAAUGACUUAGAAACUUUAUUGUCUUUCUUAGAUGAUGAAGAUUCAUUAGAUCUUAUGUUAAAUGAUGAAGAAUUUUGGGAUAAUAUCAAAAGAGGAUUUAAAAACACAGUAGAUAAGACAACUAAUUGGUUUGCUGAACAUGGAGAAAAAGUUUCUAAAGCAAUUGGAAAAGUUAAUAAAGUUGCUGGAGUUGUUGAAAAAGUUGCUAAGACUGUAGGAACUGUUGCUACAGUUGCUAGUGCAAUUCCAGGAGUAAAUGCUAUUGCUGCACCAGUUGCAGCUGCUGCAAAGACUAUAGAAGGAGGUGCUAAAGUUGUUAAAACUGUAUCUUCUGUUGCACAGAAGACUGUAGAUACAGUUACAGACUUUUCAAAAGGAUAUAAAAAAGGUGGUUUGAAAGAAGGAUUAAAACAGGGAGGUAAAACACUUGCAAAGAAUGUUAAGGGAUGGGCAGUUAAUAAAGCUGCUGGUAUUGUUGCAGAAGGUGUUAUGGGAACAUUAUCUCAAGUUCGUUCAGGAGAGAAAGUAGAUUUAUCUAAAAAGAAAAUAAAAGAAGGUUUUAAGGCUAAAGCAAAAGAGAGUUUUAAUAUUAAAAAUAAUGUAAAGAAAACGUUUAGUGAUGCUAAAGAUGCUAUCAAAGUAAAAGAUACUUAUAAAAAGAAUUUAGAUAAAAUUACAAAUGGUGCUAAGACAUUAUCACUUAAAGAUAUUAAAAAAGGUGCUAAAAGCUUAAAAGGAAAGAGUAUUUCACAAUUAGCAAAAGGAGCACGUUCUUCUGUUAAGAAGUUUGUUAAAACAGCAACUACUGAUACUGUAAAGAAUAAUGUUUUGAAAGAAGUAAAUAAAGCAGUUGAGAAAGCGGCUGAAAAUGGUGUUAAAGGAAAGAUUAAAGAUACAGUGAAAAAUGGAUAUUCAGCAGCAGAAGCAGCUGGUGUUGCAGGAGGUAAAAUGUUAGCUGGUAAAGCAAAGCAAGUAAUUGAAGAUAGGAAAGCUAAGGCAGCAGAAAAGAAAGCACAAAAGAAAGCUAAAGCAGCUCAAAAGAAGGCACAAAAGAAAGCUAAAAUGUUACAAAAGAAGGCUAAGGCAGCACAGAAAAAGGCACAAAAGAAAGCAAAGGCAGCUCAAAAGAAGGCACAAAAGAGAGCUAAAAUGUUACAAAAGAGAGCUAAGGCAGCUCAAAAAAGAACAGCAAAAUCAGUUUCAAAGAGAGCAUCUAGACCAAAUAGAGUUGUUAAAAAGAAUGUUACAAAGUCAAAAAAAUCUAAAAAAUAA